GCGCUCCAUGUUGGUGAAGUGCGCACCGGGAUACACGUGUUUGUGUGAGACUGGCGCUCGAGUUCAUCGUCAUUUGGAGUUCCAGCUUGUAGUCGAACUCAAAAUGUCAGUGUUUCAUGACGAGGUCGAGAUUGAAGACUUUGAAUACGAUGAAGAAACAGAGACGUAUUACUACCCCUGUCCAUGUGGUGAUAGAUUUGUUAUUUCUAAAGAAGACCUAGAAAAUGGUGAAGAGGUUGCCACAUGUCCUAGCUGUUCCUUGAUAGUACGAGUUAUCUAUGAUAAGGAAGAGUUUAUGUCUGGAGAAAUAAUAGAAUCACCUUCUGCAAACAAAGUAGAACUGGUACAUAGCUGAUUACAGCAUAGUCCUCUGCUCUCCUCGCUGAUGAAGGGAGACUGGUUGGAACUGGGAGGACUAUCGCACUGCAGGCCAAUGGAAUUGCUUGGAUGUGACUAUGGCUGCAUUAUGGUGUUAAAUGCUCAUUCAGAUUUUUCAUCAGCGUUGUAGAGAAAUGAUUCCGGACUCCAGACAGAAGUUUUGACGAUAUCUGACCAUCCACAACAGAAUGAACAUAACAUUGAGGAAAUGCCUCAUGGGUCCAGCUGGUGCACUGGAUCUUUAAGUUUACCUGUGCAAUCCAGUUAAAAAACUUUUAAUUGUUAUAUUUAACUUGUUAUAUUUAUGUAUUGUCUCAGAAAAUGCUACCAAUUACAAAUACAUGCAAUCCCUGUCAUGUGUUCUGCGUAUCCCUGUAUGACCGUUUCACAAUGCGCAAUACUGUUGAUCUGACAGACCUUGUAGAGGGAUGGUAAUAGGGGUUCAGUUGGUGGGUGCAUCUGUAUCCCAAGAUGUGGCACAAAUUACUGGUACUGAUGUUUCAAAAGUGAAUUGGGGAUUUUGGAGAACAGACUUCGACCUCCAGAAUUAUUGAAGGAAGUCACUGAAACAUGGUCAUGUGUCCCCACGGAACAAUUUAAACCCCACGCAGACUUAGUGGGCCAUAUUUUCAAA